GGACCAGGUUCCGGUCGGACAGAACAAGCCCAAGCACUGUGCGAACGCCUUGCUGGUUUGAAGCAUUUCAAUGUGACUGAUUUUCUGCGUCAACGAGUGCUCUAUCACAUUGAGGCAGACAGUGACAAAGAUUGGGAUGUUGUGGCACGUCGAGUGCACAGCAGUGAUCCUCCAAACAAUCGAGAUCGCAUAGUUCCAGAGUACUGGGAUACGCAAGUUGAUAUUAUUCGACAAGAAUUCGAGGGAAUUGCGAGCAAAAGCAGAGCUGUCGUGAUUGAAGGAUUUCCCAACGACGAGAAUCAACUGAAUACGUUUAAUCAACACAUUGGUGGCGCUGACUUGGCCAUACUUCUGGAUUGUGAAGAAUCUACACUGCAAAAACGAUUGCUAAGCCGAUACACUCGUCUAGGACGUAUGGAAGAUGAAGACAUGGUUUCACUACAACGAAUCCUAUUUUUCAAGCACUGUACUCUCCCGGUUGUUCGGCAUUAUGACGAACGCAGUAUUCUAGUCACAAUACCAGGAGAUCGUGAACGGGAUCUUGUAUUGAAUGAUGUGGUCACUGUUGUCGAAUAUUUCUUGAGUAAACAAGAAAAUCAGAGUAACAAUUCUGCAGUGGUUACUCCUGAACGCUCACCGAUAAAUUCAAUGACAUCUGUUGUUGCAGUAAGUUCAUAA